AUGACCUCGGGUCAAGUGAAAGACGGUUGUCUCUCCGGCUUGGACGUUCUCGAAGCAGAUAAUCGAAUCGCCACUGCGAGGGUGGAAGAUGCUGCCACGGAUAGAACGACGGAUAGAGCGGUGACGGGCGAAAAUCGGAGCAGCAGCAGGAAAAUGGUUCGCAUGUCGUCUCAUCCGUGUCUCACCAGGGCUUCGUCCUUCUCCCCUCCACCUCCCUUCGGUGCCGGAUCCCUCAAUGAUCCCAGCACGUGCCGUGAUCAUGACAGCAACAGCACUACUAGCCCUGUCGGUGACUGGGAGGAGCCCGAGGCGCGAGCAGGGCCUAGCGCCGCUUCUGACGCUGCACCAUUCGACGACGAGGAUUCGCACUACGCGAGCGGAGAUCCGUUCUUCUCGGGUCCCUUGCCGUUACCUGCGCGAGUGAGCGGCGGUACUGAUUCGCAACAGCAGCAUGAAAAGCAAGGAAUGAGAGGCGACGGCGGCGUGGGAAGGAGCGGCGUCUACUUAGGUCACUCCCUCCCGCGCUGCCGAUCCGAGGAGGCCCCCUCUCCCUUCGGAAGCUUCCAUUCCGCCGUGGGACGCGGCGGGAGUUACGAGCAGAGCCGAGGCGAGUCGAUCGAAUCUCCCGACGGGUCGUUCGCAGGGCUUUCAGACGAGGGGUGCAGCGGGAUUGGAGUCGGUACUAGUAGCGGGGUUUACGAGGGGGAGGGUCAACUGAUGGAGGGCGUAUUCGACAGUACUAGCAGCGGCAGCGGCAGCGGCAGCGCACGCGAGGGAGGGCGCGAGGGAGGGCACGCGGGAGUGGAGUUGAUUCGUGCGUCGACGGACGGGGUAGUGCAGGCGAGGAGGGCGCGGAAAUUCACCAUGGCGUUUAUGGGUGCUGGUAUGUUCCACGGGCGGGGGAAGGUGCGGCGGUCGGGCAGGAUAGAAAAGAAAGGUUCGGGCAGGGAGAAGGAUUUUGAAUUGGGUGGCAAUGAUGGAGGGAGAAAAGGAGGAGGAGGGGAAAGGGGGGUAGGGAUUGAGGAGGAGGGAGUGGGGAUUGGAGAGAGUGUUGUGGCUCUGUCGAGAGGAAAGGGGGGUAAAGGCAUUGGGAGCUUGUUCAGCAGCAGCAAGCGAUCGCGGGUUGUAGGGUCCGCAGCAGGCGCAGCAGUAGCAGCGGUGCCUGGAGAAGAGGCUGAAGCACAUGCAGCAGCAGCAGCAGCAGCAGCAGCAGCAGCAGCGGCGGCGGUUAGGGCGAGGAGCGGGAGGAGAUGGUCCGAUGGUGGCCGGAGCUGCGAUCUCGAUGCUGCCUCUAAUGCCGCUGCUGGCGACACGACUGGCGCUGUUGCUGCCACUUCUUUGGCUGCCUCUACUAGUAUAGCUGCUGGUGCGAGCACAGCGAGUGGAAUGGAGGGAGUGGGCGCAGAGGGACAAGCGCGGCUGGCAGCAGGCCGAUCCAUCUCCCUGCAUGCUGGGGCGUCUGUCGCCAGUCCCUCGUCCGUCCCUGCUGGAGAGGCUGCAGGGGGAAAGAGGAGCAAGAAAUGGGGCAGGAGGGAGGGGAGAAGAGAGAGGGCUGGUGGGGGAGAGGAGAGGGGCGGCAGGGAGGCGGGGAGGAGAGAGGAGAGGGAAGGGAUGGUUUCAGGGAAGAGGGAGCGGCGGUGCAAGUGGAGCAGUGACUCUCUGUUUGCCCACCUGGCUUCCGUGGGAGAGGUGGAGCGCAGUAGUAGCGUGGAGGAGGAAUCGGAUGAGGCGAUGUCGCCUUUCUCUUCAAGCUCGUGGGAGCAGAGGCCUAUUCCGAGCGGUUCAGCAGCAGUAGCAUCGUCAGCAGCAGCAGCAGCAGCAUAUGGGGGCCAUGAAUUGCUGGCCCCGAUCUUUUCUGGGGAAGUUUUGGACGGAGUAGCUGCAGCAGCAGCUGCAGAAGCAGCCUUUCUGGCAGCAUCUCCAGAGCUAGCAGCAGAGCGGUUGGAGCUGGCAACGGUCGGAGGUGAAAGCAGAGCAGUAGGGGGCGGAAACGGGGUGGCGGUUGGAGGCGGAAGCAGAGUGGUUGGAGGCGGAAGCAGAGCGGUUGGAGGCGGCAGCAGAGAGGUGGGAGGUAAAAUCAGAGCGGUUGGAUGGGAAAGCAGAGCGGUUGGGGGUGGCAGCAGAGGGGAUGGAGGAGCAGCAGAGCGGUCGGAGGCGGAAGCAGAGCGGUCGGAGGCGGCAACAGGGCGGUUGGAGGCGCCAGCAAAGCAGACUCAUUGA